GCGACGGAGCAGACGGACAAAUGAGCGACCCGUUCCGACAAUUAGGCCAGCAGCUAGCGAGGGCGAGGCGAGGUGGUGUACCGGGAGGAGGAGGUAUUUGGGGUAGUACUGGUUUAGUUGCUGCGAUUGCAGCGGCAGUCAUACUGAACGAUGCUUUGUACAACGUGGAUGGUGGACAUCGUGCGAUUAAAUAUUCGAGGAUACAUGGCGUAAUGGAGACUAUUUAUCCUGAAGGAACACAUCUCAGGAUACCCUGGUUUGAGACGCCCGUAGUUUUCGAUAUUCGUGCGAAGCCGAGAAACAUUGCAAGUCUUACAGGAACGAAAGAUUUGCAAAUGGUCAACAUUACGUGCCGUGUCCUGUCACGACCCUCUAUCCAGGCUCUUCCGCGAAUUUAUCGUGAGCUCGGGCAGGACUUCGACGAACGAGUUUUGCCUUCGAUCGUGAACGAGGUCCUGAAGAGUGUUGUUGCUCAGUUCAAUGCGAGUCAGCUUAUUACUCAGCGUGAAAAUGUUUCGAAAUUGGUCCGAGAGAGUUUGACGAGGAGAGCUCUCAAGUUUAACCUUGUCUUGGAAGAUGUCUCGAUUACGCAUGUUGCUUUCUCACCUGAAUUCACCCAUGCUGUAGAGGCGAAACAGAUUGCACAACAAACUGCUCUUCGGGCAGCUUUCUUGGUCGAUCAAGCGAUCCAGGAAAAACAAUCUAUCAUUGUCCGCGCGCAGGGUGAAGCGCAGAGUGCAGAGCUCAUCGGUCAAGCUGUACGACAAAACAAAGGUUUCCUUGAACUGCGUCGCCUUGAAGCUGCUAGAGACAUUGCGACGCUUCUUGCUCAGUCAGGCAACAACAUUAUGUUGGAUUCACAGAGCUUACUAUUGAACGUUGCGAGAGAUGAUGUGGCGGACUUGCUGAAAAAGGGGAAGUAGGCAUGAGGAUUUGAGUUCCUGGCCGACCAGGAGAGGAGGUGGUUUUCGAGAUUGACCGAUAGCCGUAGCAAAACUGAUUCCGUAUCGUGUGCACCUCACUGCAGAAUAUUAUUUUUCAUCAGCU